CUCUUUGCGGACGGGACAACUCUGAAGGACGAGAGUCAGUCCGUAAUACAUGAAAGUGGAUAGAAUAAAUAAAUUUAUUAUCCCUGCGUUUCGUAAAAUCUAAUUAAUUAUUUUGCAAACUCUAUUUUUCCGUGACACACUGCGAACGAAGCUAAGCAGACCACCUGUUUCUUCAUGUCCAUGUCUCAAAUGACGGCUGUACUGCUCAUCCUAGUGCCCUUGUUGAGCCAGGACGAGAGACUUUUGCCGUGCAAGAUGUACGUACCGUAUUCCAUAACGGCGUUACUUCCUUAUGCGCUGACUUAUCUUCUGCAAGUCAUAGCUUUAGUUUACGGAGUGCUACUGAACGUCUCCUUCGACUCCCUCGUUUACGGUCUCAUUAUUCAAACCUGCGGGCAAAUCGAGCUGUUGUGCCGCCGAUUGACGGAGUCAUUUCAAUUUCGAUGGAAGAAUGAUGAAGAGAAUGGAGAAAAAAGGAUCGAGGCUAUUGAAAAUUUCGCUAUCGCGGAAUACGUGAGACAUCAUAUUUUGGUGCAUAACAUCAUGCAAAGAAUACAGUCGCUAUUCGUGUGGACCAUUGCUAUUUUGUUCUUUUUCAGCCUCGUCACUCUCUGCACCAGCAUCUUUCAGAUGUCUAAAAAAGAACUCUUUAGUGCCGAAUUCUUCGGUUUUAUAUUAUAUUUAAGUUCAAUGAUGUUUCAAGUAUUCUCAUAUUGCUGGUAUGGCAACGAACUUGAUUUAAAGAAUAAAAGUAUCUCGUAUGCUAUUUAUACUAGUAACUGGAUGGCAAUAUCGAUCAAGCAACGUAAAAAAUUGCUGCUAGUGAUGAUGAUGAGCCAAAAAGGAAGGAUAAUUUCUUUUUAUGGAACUUGCGCAUUAAUUGUUGGUAGUUUUACAUGGAUUAUAAAAACAUCCUAUUCUGCUUUCAACUUGUUGCAGCAAACUUACAUUAUGGAUGUAUUACCACUGAAUUUCCGAGUUCUAUGGUUCUGUGGCGCAUGGAGCGAAGUGAACGACAACAAUCCUCUCGUCCGUUGUUUAAGUUUUUGCUACAGGUAUGCCAUAGUAAUUUUAAUAUAUGGAUUCACGAUAUUGGAAGUGAUUGAGCUUGUGAGGACGCGCGAUCAUAUCGAGGAUUUAACCGAAGGACUCUUUCUAGCGCUAACUUAUGUAGCCUUGUGUGUCAAAUAUGGAAAUUUCUUGGCACGACAAAACGAAAUGUCCAUGUUGUUGGACUGCUUUCGAGGCGAGACCUGUCAGCCAAAGGACUCUGAAGAAAAGAUGAUUUUGAUCAAAUACGAUCGUAAAGUCAAAUGGUGCGUCAGGGCUUUCAUGAGUUUGUCUCAAGCCACUUGCAUAGCACUUGUGCUCGCUCCUAUUGUGGGACCGCAGAACACCGAUAGACCUUUGCCGUUCAAGACAUACCUGCCGUACUCGAUAUCUGGCUUAUACCCGUAUUUGGCGACGUAUCUUCAGCACGUAGGCGCUAUAUUUUACGGAGUCCUACUCAACGUCUCGUUUGACUCUCUCGUUUACGGCUUCACUAUUCACGUCUGCGGGCAGCUCGAGCUGCUGUGUUAUCGGCUCUCGGAAAUCUUCAAGAAUUACUCCGACGUGAAGCAGUGUGAGAUCGAUUCGGACAAAAGCGCGAUGAUCAGCGAAUGCGUGAAACAUCAUUUACACGUACACGAAAUUGUUCGCAGAAUACAAUCGUUAUUUGUGUGGACCGUGACGAUUUUAUUCAUUUUCAGCAUGGUCACCCUGUGCACCAGUAUUUUCCAAAUGUCCAAGAAGAGGCUUCUCAGCGUCGGAUUUCUCUCGUUGAUUUUGUAUCUCGGCAGUAUGCUCUUUCAAGUAUUCUGCUACUGCUGGUACGGAAACGAGUUGCAGUUGAAGAGCAGGAACGUUGCCGAUGCUAUUUAUUCGAGCAAUUGGACGAGCGCCACAAUGCGAGAUCGCAGAAGUCUGCUGUUCGUGAUGAUUAUCAGCCAAAAAGGAUUGAAGUUAUCUCAGUACGGCAUUUUCAGUUUGGCCCUCGACACUUUCACCUGGAUUUUGAAAACGUCUUACUCAGCUUUUAAUGUUCUGCAACAAACAUCAAUAUGAUUAGAGCCAAAUUAUAGAAAAAAACGACGCAUUGUAUAGAAUUACAUAAUUUUUU